AUGGACACUGGUAGUGAUUUAACUUGGUUCCCUUGCGGCAAAAACUACCAGUGUAUCCAUUGCUCCAUUUACCUCAACAACACCGCCAAAGUCAAAUCUUUUAUUCCCAAAUUGUCCUCAUCUUCCAAAACCCUCGCCUGCUUGAACCCCAAAUGCGCUAGGAUUUACCCGAAAAUUCACUGCCCAGAUUGCAAACUAGGAUCGAAAAACUGUACCUGGAGAUGCCCUUGGUACACAUACCCCUACGGCUCUGGCAACCCAAGUGGAAGUCUACUAUCUGAAAUGCAGCACCUCUCGAACUGCCGCUGGCAUUACCGGGACGCCGUCAAGAAAACUAAAGGCGUCAGCUACACGCCGUUUGUGAAAAACCCAGAAGUCCCUGGAAGGGGGCAUUUCCUCACCUCUUACUACGUUGGCCUCCGCUGCAUCACUGUGGGAGGGCGGAGCGUGAAGAUUUCAUACAGGUACCUAAGGCCUGACAAGAACAGCUCCGGCAGGACCAUAGUCGAUUCUGGGACCACCUUCACGUAUAUGGCACCUGAGGUGUUCGAGCGCAUGGCGGGAGAGUUCGAGAAGUUGACGAAGGGCUAUAAGAGGGAGGAGGAAGUGGAGGCUUUGACUAGGUUAAGGCCGUUCUAUAAUGUUUCCAGGAUCGAAACGCCGAAGUUUCCAAGCGUGAUGUUUCGCUUCAAUGGAGGGCUGAGAUGGCGCUGCCGGAGGAGAAUUACUUGGUGCCAGCCGGUUGGAAGGUGUUGUGCUUGA